UUUGACACUCAUAAAAGCACAAAGGAAUUUUAACUACUACAGGGCAUAGAUCCACUAAAGUCAUCUAGAGACUAAAGAUUUAAGUGCUGAUGAUGAUUUUCACAAAUCUGCUCAUCAAGACUUUGAUCUAUCCGAAUCUUAUAAUGAUCCUCAUGGCAAGUCAGACUCUGGCCUUUAUACCUUCGUGGUCAAAACCCAAGACGCAUCAGGACAUAACUCGUGAUGCAAUUUUACAGACAACGGCCGAUAUCUGCAGAUCGCGAGCACUCCAGGAAGGAGGAAGUUUCAUUCUGCCAGACCCACUGACAGUAGAGUCAGUAGCAGAAGCUUGUCACUCUUCUGAUUCAGCCAAAGAUUUUCAAAGCAGCAUUAAUAAGAUAAAUCAUCACAAUGCCUGGGUCGACUUUUGGCAUUUUUUUAGCGGACGUUACCAUUUUGACAACGAGGAGUUUUUGUCUGGACGGGAUCUUAUUACUAAAGGACUUGGUACUGUCAAAGACAGUGUCAAUAAGCAGAGGUAUCAAGCUGCCCGAGAGGCACUCGGUAAAAUCCUACACACUUUGCAGGAUUUCUACAGUCACAGUAACUGGAUUGAACUGGGAAAGACAGAACCUUAUGCCAACCUGAUUAAACCAGACACCCCAAUCAGCAACAUAGCAGAUUCCAAAACAUGCGGGAUUUGUAAUGGUGACGUCUGCGUAGGAAACAUCCUGGAUGCGGUCAUCGCACAGCAGCAACUAACAUCAGGAUACUUUGGCUUGUCCAAACCAAAAGGAAAAUGCAGUCAUGGAGGAACAUUUGAUCUAUCAAGUUGGGGGCAAGGUGGCAUAAAUAAGGAUUCUUCAGACUCCAGUCACGGUUAUCUGCAUAACCUGGCAGCAUCAGUGGCCACUGCUGCUACCAGAGAACUACUGCAGGACAUAAGAGCAGCAGUUGGAGAUUCUGAGUUUCUUAGACUAAUGGGACUCAGCCAGACUUCAGUGCUGUGUUUCGUUAUCGACACCACUGGCAGCAUGUCUGAUGACAUUGCCGAAGUCAGAAGAGUCACUUCAUCCAUCAUUGACAAUAAAACAGGCACAGCAGCUCAACCUUCAGAAUACAUCCUCGUGCCAUUUAAUGACCCUGAUUAUGGCCCACUUAUAAGAACAACUGAUCCUAAUGUGUUUAAACAGCAUCUCAGUGCACUUACAGCUACUGGUGGAGGAGAUGCUCCUGAAAUGUGUCUCUCAGCACUCCAGCUCGCCCUCACUGGAUCUCCACCACAGACUGAGGUUUUUGUUUUCACUGAUGCUGAUGCAAAAGAUGCAUGGUUGAAAAGCACUGUGAAAGCACUGAUUGAGAUUACAAAGUCUAAGGUAAACUUCAUGCUAACUAAUGCCAUUGGUUCUUGGCGUCGCAGAAGGAGUGCUGGGGCUAUAGAUGGCCAACAGCAAUUCUCUACUCGGCUUUUCAAUCCACUUAACCAGGUCUACCACGACCUGGCUCAGGCCUCUGGGGGCCAGGCUAUUGAGGUCACCAAAGUAACCCUGGCCCAGGCUACUGACAUUAUUGCAGUUACCUCCAGAUCUACACUGGUCACUCUUUUUCAGGCCAUAAGAAACCCAGCCAAAGCUGAAAACUUCUCAGUUUUUGUGGAUUCUUCUGUGCAAAACCUGACAAUUUACAUCACAGGCAACUCUCCAAAUUACUUGUUGACUAGUCCAUCAGGAGUCUCACAGAGCAGCACUGAACUAAAUGGUGAGUUGGGGCUUAUUCAGAGAGUUGGUAACUUCCAUACAGUGCAACCAAACAUCUCGGAGCAGACUGGACUGUGGCACUUCAGUAUAAACUCAACACAGCCCUACACCAUCAAAGUUGUUGGUCAAAGUGAGGUUAGCUUCCUCUCUGACUUUGUAGAACUUUCCCAGGGGCCUCAUCCAAGCUAUGCUGUAUUAAACAGCAGGCCUACAACAAAAACCAAUGUCACGGUGUUGGUGACCAUGAUUGGUGGCAGCAGUGUGAAGCUUACAGAGUUGUCUCUGGUCGAAGCCUCAAGUUCAAACUCUUUAAAUGGGACACUAGAAGACGUAGCAAGUGGGCAGUACUUGGUGACCUUCAACACCAUCCCAGCAGGAGAGUUUACUGUUCGUGUAGUUGGACAGAUCGGUUCCUCUAGAUCUUCAGAUAACACCUUUCAGAGACAGUCACCAACUCAAUUCCAGGCAUCAACUGUGACCGUUACUACUGAACCUGUUGGAACAGCGGAACCAGGAAAACAACUCACUCUGCCUUUCACAGUGGCAACCAAUGGCUCUGGAGGAAGCUUUAAUAUCAGAGUCAGCAAUGAUCGCAAUUUUGACACUCUCUUUAACAAAUCCUUAACUCUCGAGAGUGGGGGCAGUGCGAAUGGUACAGUAACUCUGACUGUUCCUGAAAAUACUUCCUCCGGAACUGACGUCACUGUGACGAUCCAGGCUGACGCACCUGAUGGAAGCGACUCGAACUACGCUGUGCUGCGUCUUGCUGUUAUUGCUCCGAGAACAGAUAUUACUCCUCCCUUGUGUGAGGCAGUUAGCAUAAAUGCUAACUGUUCAGGCAACUGCAGCUUCUCCUCAUGGUACCUCACUGCCAACGUGACUGAUGGAAAUGGAACAGGCAUUCAGAGUGUGAGAGUCCUCCAGGGAAACGGCAACCUCAGCACCACCACUGUGCUCAGUGACACAGGCGUGAAUGUCACUGUGGUCAUCUACAACUCUUCUUGCUGUUCCUCAGACCUGGAGCUGGUUGCUGUGGAUGCAGUGGGAAAUGUUGCCACCUGCUUUAAAUCUGUAAGAGCUACAGCACCAAGCACCAGCACUGCACCCCCUCUAACAGCAACUAACACCACCACCACCACCACCACAACUACAACAUCCACACCUCGUCCUACCAGCAAAAGCAGCACUACUGGUGUAGAAUGUUGCUUGUUUCUGCCAGUCUUCCUUUGGCUGAAUGUAGGAGUCUUCCUUUACCAAUUCAUGAUCUGAAUUCGAAUCAGAUUGACAUAUUAAGGCCUACAUAAUACCAGUAGUGCUUUUACCUAGAGUAAGUAGCAAAUGAAAUACACAUUAAUCAUAAACUUUAUUUUUCUAUCUAAUUCUAAAUCAAUGUGUAACAGGAAGAAAAUCUUACCUGCUUAAUACGCUAAGUGUGUUUAACCUGAGUCUAAACUCUGAGGGUAUUAAUCUUAGAUUUGGUGAUUUAAGGGUCUGUUAUUAAUUCAAUAGCAUUAAAUUAUGUGCACAGAUAUCAUUUAUGCUAAGCUUGUUAAAGAAACUGUUUUGCCUAUAAUCCACAAUCUGUGGCAUUAAUCUUUAAAAUCAGAAUGAUAAUCUUAAUUUACACUUUUAUGCUGCAAAUUUAAAAUACAAGUUAGUUCUUAGAUUACUGGGUAAUAUCAGGCAAGGUAAGAUGUUUCCUGAGUCCUUUGCUAUUAUAGUGUAGUAUGCCUACAUGCAAUAUAGGAUUAAAGGGUUUCAGUUUUAGUAAGGCAUUAAUUAAUAAAUGUAGGUGAUUUUACUUUUUAAUUAAACUGGAUUACGUGCUAGCACUAGAAUCACAAAGGGAUUUACUGAUGAUGAUGAUGAUAUGUUAUUUAACUGGUCCAUGUAGAUUUAAAAUGUAUUGCAUUAUACAUUCAUUGUGUUUGAUUUUUGUUUUUUAUUUAAAAUACAUGAUAAUUCCUGUCA